AUAGACAGAGAGGGGAAGCCGUGAGAGAAGCAGAAAACGCAUCACAAUUAGAGUUAAGAGCGAGGGAAGGCAAGAACGAAUAGCGAUUGAGAGCGAGCGAGCAUGGCAAGUCUAGGAGGCAAGCAAGUUGUACAAGGGUCUGAGAACAGCACGGAGAUAGAGGAGCUUGGACGCUUUGCCAUUCACCAGCAUAAUAUCCAACAGAAUGAGAAAGGGCUUCUGUCAUUUGGUCGAGUGGUGAAAGCAGAGCAGCAGGUGGUAGCGGGGACGAUGUAUCAUCUCACGAUCGAGGCCAAACAGGAUGGAGAUUCUUCUCCCAAACUGUACGAGGCUAAAGUUUGGGUAAAGCCAUGGGAAAACUUCAAGAAACUGCAGGAUUUCAAGCCUAUUUCUUCUUCCCCCUCAAUCACCUCUGCUGACCUCGGCGUCAAGCAUGGUAAUUGAUUGAUUUUCCAAGGCUGAUCUACUUCUGAAAAGUUAAAAAGGGGAGCUAAAGAGGAACACCGUGAUUAUAUGUUGAAAUCAGACUCGACUGAUGUAGGGUAUUUGAUUAUCAUUAUAUUGUAUAUAUAAAUAAGUUCCAGCAGUUGCCUUAUGUUGGCCACCGUAGAUAAAACACAAAUCACUUGUAUAAUACCUGAUAUUCAAGUGGAUGUUUUUCUGUUAAUUGCUGGUGUAGCAACUAGCAACAACAUUUGUUAACCGAAAUUCGACUCUUAUCAAUGGGUGCUAAAUAAUGUGACCUCUCAUUUUCCCUUUU